AAAUAAGCCUGAAGGGCUUGAUUAGUUGGAUAAGGUGUGUUUAGUUAGGGUUGCAUCUAAACCAUGCAGGGCUCCGGCUCUCCAGGGGUUGAGUUUGACCCCCCUGUACUCUGGCAAACAAUUAGUUCUUUAAUAUGAAUUGAAUCAUGCGCGCUUUGCGUGAAGAAUGGUUCGUGAAUAAUGAAUAAAGUUGGGAUGACGUUUCUGGGGAUGUUGGCUUUGCUCAUGAAUAUUAAUCAGUACUUGUCCGUAGUAGAAUUCGUAAGUUCUCUAUCUGGACAGGACGGGGAGGGAGUCGAGCCUCGACCGGAUUACGCCUGACUUCAGCGGCGUGUUAAACCUCCCACAAACACACGGACAUGAGACUGUGACAGCACGGGGAAGGGGUUCAUUUAGACCGCCAACACUUUCUGGGGACUUUAAAGCACUGCAAACGUGGACUAAAGGAUCCGUCUCGUUCAUCUGAACAUGAGAGUUCACGGCUGGACAAGCGGAGGGCUUUUGGGAAGGAUUUUUAUAUCUCGGGCGCUCGCAAAGGUGCGCGCUUGUAGUCGGGACAGCGGAGAAAACAGACUUUGAUUGUUUUUUUUUUUUAAUAAUUUAUUUACAUGUCUGCUGGAAAUUAAUGAAAGUUUGAAAUCUGAAAUGUCAGUCCCGACUCAUGUGGAGACGCGUAAGUUCACCCGCGGGCUCAGUAAACCGGGCACGGCGGCGGAGCUGCGGCAGAGCGUGUCGGAGGCGGUCAGGACGUCGGUGUUAGUGGUGAAGCCGCGUGUGGUGGAGCCUCUGGACUAUGAGAGUGUGCUGGUGCAGAGGAAAACUCAGAUCCUCAGCGAUGGACUCAGGGACAUGCUGCUGUUUCCUCUCGAGGAUUUCCAGGUGUGUAUGCUGCCACGACAGAUCCGGACGCUCUGUCCCUCCAUACCUCCACACGCGCUGAGAGAGGCACAGAGUCUGUUUGUGCAAGAGUGCAUCAAGUCUUACAUCUCUGACUGGCAUGUUGUCAAUUACAAAUAUGAGGAUUAUUCCAGUGACUUCCGUCAGCUUCCCAACAAAGUGUCCAGACCUGAUAAUUUAGCCCAGCAUGUUUUUGAGGUGGAUGAAGACGUGGAUAAAGAUGAGGUAAAUCAAAUGCACACACAAACACACCUCUCAGCACUGUCACCCUCUUGUUGAACUCUUAAAGGAUUAGUUCACUUCGCGAAUAAAAAUUUCCUGAUAAUUUUCACACCCCCAUGUUAUCCAAGAUGUUCAUA